AAAAAAAAAACUAAAGAAAUUUAUAAAACAAAAAUUGCUGAAAAAAAAAAUAGUAAACCCAACUCCCUACCAAAUUCCCAGGUGUUUUCCUCCCUCUGCUUCUCUUCCCCCAAUUCCAUCUGCCUUUCCUCCCCGUUCCCCCCGACUCUUCCUUUCUCUCUGAUUCCUUCUUUCCGCCCAACCAAACACAAAACUUCCCAAAUUUUUUUUUAAACAUAAAAGAAUUAUACAUGAUGAAAAAUAGAAGGGAAUGAAUGAAGGAUGGUUUGGACCUUUGGUUCUCCUUUCUUCUUCACUCCUCUUAACCCAAACAAACCUCCAUCAAUAAAAACACCCUAAAAUUUUUCCUCUCUUUUUCUUUUUCUUAAAUUUUUAUUUUUUUUAACUUUGAUUUUGAUAAUAAAAACAAUAAUAAUAAUUCCUCUAUCUCUCCAUAAUGCAAAUCUUCUACACUUAAUCCCACCAUAAUUCCCCUAAAACCGUCACCUGAUCUCUUCCUUUUACACCAUGUCCCUCGAUACUGCCCCUUCCCUUCCGAUCCCUCCCAAGUCACCUCAAAACGACACCCUUCCCGCCCAAAACGACACCUCGACUGCCCAAACCCGGGAAACCACAGACGCAAACACUACGCCCACGCCCACGCCCCCCUUAACGAGGAGCAAUCGCCCGUCGCGAGCUUGUACAAUCCGAGCCUCCCAAAGGCUCUACGCGCGGCAACAGCAAGCCGCUAUCGAGCGGCGACAGAAACCGGCAAAGAAGGAGCAGCAGCAGCAGAAGCAAUACAAGGAUGAGAAUGAUGGUUCUUCGUCGCCGCAGCAGCAAUGCAGCGGUAGUAGCAAAAUCGUUACUCCCUUAGUGGGGCAGCCGGAGCCUUCGCAGUUGCCUAGGUGGAGCAUUCGGUCUAUGUGGGAGUUAGCUUCAGUACUUAAUUUCUUGCAUGUUUUCAGGCCUCUUUUGAAUAUAGCUGUGGAGUUCUCGGCGGAGGAGUUUGAGACAGCAUUGAUUACGCCUAAUGAUACUUUGGGAGAUAUUCAUAUUCCUUUGUUAAAGGCAAUCCCUCCAAUUAUUCGGAUUUCCCUUACACGUGAUACCUGGGUUACUGUUCUUUGCAGAAAAUUAAGAGACUGGUGGCAUUGGGUUGCAGAUGGGGAUCUUCCUGUUGUUGCUUCACAUGGGGUGGAGCUUGAAGUAUACAAGUCACUUGAUCCUGGAGUUCGUGUUGUGAUCUUGAAAGCACUAUGUGACAUUCGUGUUGAGCAAGAAGACAUUCGGAACUACAUUGACAACUCACUUAAGCAUGGUGUUCAAAUUUCAGCCUUUCGUAAAGAACGUAUCGGAGGUGAUUCUCAGGGAAUUACUUACUGGUAUGAAGAUGAUCCUGUUGUUGGUCAUCGCUUAUACCGGGAAAUAAGGAAAGUUGAGUUGAAGAAAGCAAAGAUGAAAGGUUCCCAUGUCCCUAAUAGUGCAACAUAUCUGUGGGAAACAGUUGCAACAAAUUUGGAAGAAUUUCAAGAUGUUUCUGAGAAACUUUUUGCCAGUAAAAAUAGAACAGAGGCUUCACUAGGGAAGAAGUUAAAGAAUGACAAGCUUCCUGAGAUUGAAAAGGAGCACAAGAGGAAAGAGAGGUUACUGAAAAAGCAACAUAGACAAGCACUUCUUCUUGAUAACUUCUUGAUUGUUGAUGGGCUUGCUCCAGGACGCUCCCUUCGUGACAGAAAACCUGUCACUUACACAUUUGAUGAUUAUGAUUGGUCAAUAAAUGAGGCUAUUAAGAUUACCAAUUCUCACUGUCAACCAUGUAUCAGGCGGAAACCACCAUCCCCAGAUCCUCUCAAUAGAAGAGAUGUUUCCAGACCUGAAACAUCUGCAAACGGUAAAUUGAGUGGUCCUUCACCUGCCUCUGAACAUGAGAAUUACAAUCUAUUGUCCCCCAAAUCACCUGAAUAUGAUGAUUUUGAUGAUAAUAGAUCUGGAGAAUUGGAUCGUAGCAAUCGGCGGAGGCAGAGACCUCAACGAUAUUCAGCAAAGGAGUUCAUUGAAGCUGUUUCAGAUAAUGAGGCAGACUUUGACAGUGAUGAUGAUAUAGUUGGAGAAGCUAUAUAUGAUGAGGACUACCUGAGGAAACGAAAACGAGGAAGGCAAUCCAGCAGCUCUGAAGGAGAUGAGGAAUACCGUUGGGAUGAGGAAGAUGCUGAAGAUGAAGAGGAGGAAGAGGAAGAAGAGGACUUGUUAAGUAUCAGUGAGGACAGUGAUGCAGCCCCAAAAUUCAAGAAAUUGCCAGGCCGCACUCGGAGGGAAACUAAAUUAAGGUCAGUUGAUGAGCUUCAGUCAGGUCUAAGACGUAGUAAAAGAGCCUCCAGAAAUCGUAUUAAUUAUAAACAGUAUGAGCUGUCGGAAUCUGAAACAGAGUCAAAACCUGAAAAAUCCAAUCCAUCAGAUGAUCAGUCAGAUGCAAGUAAGAAUGAGGAGUAUUCAGAAGGAAGUCUAGAUUCCAAUGGUAAUGAUGAUGACCAGGAAAUGGAAGUUGAUCCACCUGUGGAAGAUAACUCUGAUACAAUAGAGAAAGAACAAAGCCAGCCACCUGAGCAAUCAAAUGGCCUUGGGCAAGAUGAAGUGGAUGUUGUAAAAAAAAGACGCUUCCUUGACCUAAAUGAGCUCGCUCCCUGCGCUGGUUUUGAUGAUGGUCCUAAUACAAUAACAAAAGAUGAUAACAGAAGUGAUUUAUAGAGCUUCCGUCUCUGCUGGAGAGCAAGGGUUUAAUUUCUUCUGGUGGAAUUUAAGUGAUGAUAGUAAAAUUUAUAAAUUUUGCAAUAAGCCUAGAGAGGAAGUUAUCGUCGACAUUCCUCUGGCUUUAUUCUACUCUGAUGUUAUUCAUUCAGAGUUUGCAGCAUGGAAGCAACAUGAUGAGAGUUGUGCAGAUUAGGUAGUCAUUUUUUUAGCUUGUCUACAUUGAAAGAAACCUAUGGCAGGCAGGUCGAUGGGGAUUUGGGAAUUCGUUGGGAGUUCUUUAGCUUAUCCAAUUAAUGUACAAUAACCUUUUAACUAAAAUUUUAACUGAGAAAAUUUUGAUUUAGAUGUCAA